ACCCAGCUUAUUGUUAGAAGAUCAAAGGAAGAGGCCAUUGUCAUGGCAACAAGUGCAUCGUUGUCUUGUUGCCAAGGGUUGAAUCAUCCACUCGAGCGAAAAACGCCUCGACAUUGUCUGCUGCGCUUUUUGCCGUGACCCUUUUAGCUCGCGAAAAAAUGGCAAACCAGAACCGAAAUAGCCUCAAGGGCGGGGACAUACCAUUGCCCAAGACUACAAGGAAAUCCGAGAAGUACGUGAAAACUACGAUGGUUAAAAAGGAUGGCAUCAUGAAAGAAUUGAUCGAAAAGGAGGACAAGUCCAGAAAUAACUGGGAUAAGAAUUUCGGAUUUCUUCGACGCACACAAAGGGACUUUCAGGAUAAAUUGUCACAAAUGGGACUAGAUGAAAGAGAUGAGCAAGUUCCAAGUAACGGUGAAGCCACAUGUCCAGAGGGGAAAGAAGAUAGUCAGAUGCCAAUAACUAGUUCAGGAAUGAUCGGUUGGCAAACUGGAAAAGCUGAAAACAUAAACGCAAUAGCUGGUCCACUGUACACCUCACCUAAGUCCACUCUUCUGGCAGAAGGCUCCAUACGCCAGCGUCUAACAAUAAACCAGAAGCAUAUUAUUCUCGGUUAACCAAAUUAAAAUGAAAAACAAUUGCGCUUCACGAUGAAAAGCGUUUAUUUUUGCCACGAAGUUUCAUGCAGUAAGAGAUAAUAAAUUACGGUAAAUCAUAAAUUAUUCAGUGAUCAAAUGGUCCAGCAGAGGAGAGAGCCCCCGGGCUUUGAUUCAUAACUUGAAUACGACGAUUCGUUUGUAAAUAUUUUCCAUUUGGGACAAACACUAAAUUUUACUUCGCGCGACGAGCUCCACAAGUCUCGCCGCAAUAAAUAUUUGUGCUCAAAUUACAAAGAUAGAUGGUGAAGACGUGUUGCUAGUUAGAAUAAAAUUUGUUCGUUCGUUCCGCACAGCAAGUGCAUUUUUUAAUGUCACGCACUAGCUUGAUCGACUUAAAUAACAUUUUCAAUGCAAGCAUUACAUGUAAAUACAAGAGACGCGUGCGUUUUUACUUCGACUUGCCUAUCCGGUUUUCCUCUUCAUAUUUGGGAUAUCUUUUCUUAACAAUAGGCCUGAAAGAGAACUAGCUGGCCCUCCUCUCGCUACAAAAUCAGGACCCACCUCGUUUUGCACACUCGACAUAUUCAUUGUAAGUGUUUUGUAACAGCCUUUUCCUUAAAAUGAUGGUCAGCACUCAAUUUUUGAAUCUAGAAGGCACAGUUGCACCAAAAUGCUGUCGCCUCCACAAUGUAUGUGUAUAAUUUCAAAAUUCAGGGCAGUGUACAAAAGUUUGUUGCCUUUUAUAAAAUGCUCGAAAGCCAUUCCAGAUUAUAAAAAUAAAAAAUAAAAUAU